ACUCGUUCGUUGGCCAAGCGAAGCGAAGGGAGAUGUGCGGGUUUCAUACAUUGUUGAAUUAAAAUACGUCAUCUCUCAGUAUAAACCAAUAUUCUGUUUUUAUUCGUGAUUAAAAAACAAUACUAAAACAGCAUAAUGCCGGCGGCAAGGGGCGUUAAACGGACAGCAUCCAAAUCAUCGGCUGCCACAACUUCUACAGCGGCUCCUAAAAAUAAGAAAAAACGCGGAGUAACCCAGUUGGAAAUCCCAACUGCACCCAAGAAGAGGGGGCGUGUAUUCACAUGUGGACAAGGCGAUGUGGGCCAGUUGGGACUUGGCGAGGAUGUCAUUGAGACUAACAAAUUUAAACAAGUCACCGCUCUCGGGGACAAAGUGGUAGACUGCUGUGCUGGUGGUAUGCACACCAUUGCACUGGACUGCGAUGGCAAGGUGUGGACGUUCGGGUGCAACGACGAGGGCGCGCUGGGCCGGCCCACGGCCGCGGACAGCGAGGAGGGCGCCCCGCGCGCGGUGGCCCUGCCGGGGCGCGCCGUGGCCGUCUCCGCGGGGGACUCGCACUCCGCCGCGCUGCUGCACGACGGCCGCGUCUACGCCUGGGGGGCCUUCCGGGACUCUCACGGCAGCAUGGGCCUGGUGGUGCGCGGGCGCGAGGGCAAGGCGUGCCGCGAGCCCGCGCCCAUCGACGUGGGGGAGCCCGCGCACGCCAUCGCCUCCGGGGGGGACCACCUCGUCAUACUAUGUACGUCAGGUUCCGUGUAUACCAUGGGUUGUGGCGAGCAGGGACAGCUGGGACGAUUAUCUCAACGUUCCGCCUCCAGAGAUGCCCGUCAGGGAUUCAGCGCGCUGCUGACGCCGGGCAAGGUGACGCUGAAGGGCGGCGCGUGCCGCGUGUGGGCCGGCUACCACGCCACCUUCGCGCUGCACGCCCACACCCGCCGCGUCUACGCCUGGGGGCUCAACAACUACGGCCAACUCGGUAUAACGGGCGAGAAGCGUAAAACGGCACUUUUCUCCCCCGUGGAGUGUACGGCGUUCACACCCACCAACAACUGGACCAGAGUGGCCUGCGGGCAACAUCACACCCUCGCGCUGGACGACAGCGGGCAGGUGUACGCCAUCGGACGGUGCGAGUACGGAAGACUGGGCCUGGGCGGCAACGCGGACGCGGAGGCGCUGGAGGCGGUGCCGCGGCUGCGCGGCCGCCGCUGCGUGAGCAUCGCCGCGGGCACGUGCAACUCCUUCGCGGUCACCGAUACAGGGGAGGUGCUGGCGUGGGGCAUGGGCAGCGAGGGGCAGCUGGGCACGGGCGCGAGCUGCGACGCGGAGGAGCCCGCCCCCGCCCCCGCGCCCCCCGCCCGCCACGUGGCCGCCGGGGGGCAGCACGCCGUGCUGCUCACGGAUGACCCGGUAUCACAAAAGGAGGAAUCCCCAGCACCAGAGCCCGAAACCGCCGAACAGAAAACCGACGAAGCGAGAGAAGACGAGGAAGAACCACAGGUGCCUGAAAAGAAAAAACCACGAGGCACGAAAAGGCAGAAGAAGCAAGAACAGGAGGACGAAGUGUCGUCCACAUCCAGCGCGGCACAACCGCACGCCCCCAACGACGCGAAACCACAGAAGGUAAACGGUGACGAAAAGAAAGAAACCCCCAUGGAAGUAGAUGAAACUGAUAACGCGACAGAGAAAAAGGAAGAACCAACCACAGAAGAACAAAAAGAGACAGAGACAGAGCCAGAAGCAGAGAAAACCGAACCGGAGACAGAGCCCAAGGAGGAAUCUAAACCGGAGACAACGGACACAUCCAGCCAGGAGACAACGGACAGCGACACCAAGUCACAGGAGACUACUAAGAGCGAAGACAAGUCCAACGAUGUGGAGAUGGCCGAGGAGAAAUCAGAGGUGAACGGUGAACCGGAACUGGUGGAACCCAAGCAGGUGGAGGGCCUCCUACCGAACCCCACCCCGUUGACUACUACAGCGUGAUGGUAAUUUACUUUAUUGUGUAAGUAAAAUCUGAAUAUUUUACUGUAGAUGUGAAACUGAAUUUAUUUUUCCAACUUCCCGUUUGACGGUUUGAUAUCCGGAUUGACUUUAAUCUUCGUAUCUGUACUACUCGAGUUUUUUUUUUUUUUAAUAUUCGUCACCAUUUUUUGCGCUAAUUUAGCGAUGUAUAAAACUUGUCUUACAGAUUAUGAAUGUAAAAUAAGCAAGAGCCUUGGCUAGAAAGAGACGAAAAGUCGUUGCGACCCAUCUGUCGCUCUCUAUUCGCGCAUGCGUAGUUUAGCGUGGGAAGAAAGCAUAGUCUUUUUAUAGUCGUCCUUCUCCUUCCGUUUCCUUUUGUUUCCUUUAGUAUGCAUGUCUCGGUAAAGAGAGACUGAUGGCGUUGUCUGAAGUUAAAUU